AGCUUCUAAAAGCACGACGCGGAACCUUUUGGUCAACACACUGUACUCUAUCGGAGGUAGUUUGCUGUAACACAGUUGACUUCCGCUUGUCAUUCAGCUGCCAGACGGUGUACAUUAAAUCAGCUAUUUAAUCCCAGGAGCUGAUUUUCAUCAACAGGCGCCAUGACACUUUUUCACUUUGGAAACUGCUUUGCCCUGGCUUACUUUCCUUACUUUAUCACAUACAAGUGCAGUGGCCUCUCCGAGUAUAAUGCUUUCUGGAGAUGCGUCCAGGCUGGAGCAACGUACCUGUUUGUCCAACUGUGCAAAAUGCUGUUUCUUGCUACAUUUUUCCCCACCUGGGAAGGAGGAGCCGGCGUUUAUGACUUUGUUGGGGAGUUCAUGAAGUCCACAGUGGACCUGGCCGACCUGUUGGGUCUUCAUCUAGUGAUGUCUCGUAAUGCUGGGAAAGGAGAGUAUAAGAUCAUGGUUGCUGCCAUGGGCUGGGCCACAGCAGAACUUGUGAUGUCGAGGUUUCUCCCUCUCUGGGUCGGCGCCAGAGGAAUAGAGUUCGAUUGGAAGUACAUCCAGAUGAGCUUUGACUCUAACAUUAGUUUGGUCCAUUAUAUCGCCAUGGCAGCUGUUGUGUGGAUGUUCACCCGAUAUGACCUCCCUAAGAGCUUCAGGCUGCCGGUCACCGUGCUGCUGGCCCUGUGUGUAUAUAAGGCCUUUUUAAUUGAGUUGUUUGUCCAUGUGUUCGUUUUGGGCAGCUGGACAGUGUUGCUGGUGAAAGCUGUGCUCACCGGCGCCAUCUCUCUCUGCUCGCUUUUCCUUUUUGUCACCCUUGUUCACAGUAACUGAAGAAAUCACAGCACACAGAACAAAUCCUCAACAGUCACAGUUCCAACUGGAGAGUCAGUGACCGAUGAAGUUAGCUUGAAAAUGAUUGGUGCCGCUAGUUGGAGCAGACUGACUUGAUCCAGGAACUGGUACAGCGACCAGCUUCUCCAGUUUCUAUUGAUCGCUUCUUAUGAGCCCAUGAGGACAGAGAACCUUCUCUGGGUUGAUUAGUUGAUGCUAACGAAGAUAUUUCACCCUCAGAGGUCUUCUUCAGUAUAACUGGCUUGUGUUGUUUUUUUUAAAAAUGUGAAUUUUGUAUCGAUGUUACUGUAACUGAACUAACACUUAAUAAAAUGACAUUUCUUUCAUCUGU